CCUGACUGGAGGCAGUCUCAAGAUGCGAAAACCAAACAUCGCGAGAAUUCCCCACCGAAGCCUGUGCUGUCGGUGUGAACUCUCGUGAGAUCUUCUCUCUGUCUCUCCGUGUCCAAAAUCGGCUGGUGUCAGCUCGCAAGGCUUUCCAGUCUUUUACCUCAGUGGAUUGUUCCACACUAAGGACUCACAGCUUUCUGGAUUGUGAUUGGGCCAGACGAAGCAAAACAUUGAAUCAUGGGGAAUAUUUUUGGCAAUCUGCUGAAGAGUCUGAUAGGGAAGAAAGAGAUGAGAAUUCUGAUGGUUGGAUUAGAUGCUGCUGGUAAAACUACCAUCCUUUACAAACUGAAGCUGGGAGAAAUCGUUACCACCAUCCCAACCAUUGGCUUUAACGUGGAGACGGUGGAGUACAAGAACAUCAGCUUCACUGUGUGGGAUGUGGGUGGUCAGGAUAAAAUCAGACCACUCUGGAGACACUACUUUCAAAAUACACAGGGUCUUAUCUUCGUGGUUGACAGCAACGAUCGGGAGAGAGUUAACGAGGCACGGGAGGAGUUAAUGAGGAUGCUUGCAGAAGAUGAAUUGCGUGAUGCUGUCCUUCUUGUCUUUGCAAACAAACAGGAUCUGCCAAACGCUAUGAAUGCAGCUGAGAUCACAGACAAACUCGGCCUCCAUUCGCUCCGCCAUCGCAACUGGUAUAUACAAGCGACCUGUGCGACCAGCGGCGACGGUCUGUACGAAGGGCUCGACUGGCUCGCCAAUCAGCUCAAGAACAAGAAGUGAGGGGCGGGAUUUGCUUUACGUGGCCGUCUCUCACUUUGGGAAAGGGGUGGGACUAAUUUGGCCUUUAUGUUUGGUUUUUCUUCGUUUUGUUUUGUUUCGUUUAUUUUUCUGAAAAACACAGUAUGUGGUUUAUAGAGCCUUCUACGCUCUGUGUAUAUCAUUUGUAUGUAUGUACGCACACGCAUUCACACGCAGAUCAACACGCAUCUCGUUUCCUCUGUAGACUUUUCCAUUUCGCCAUACGAACAGUGUCGGCUUAUAGCAGAUUUCAUCGUCUCUCCUUUACUCACUCGCUCACGUGUUUACAAUCAGUGAUCAGUGUUGUCCUUGACUGCCAUGAAAAAGAUCGUUGGGUCCGAGCGUGCUCUUGUAUUAUGUAAUAUGCUUAUGUAUUUUCACGUAUUGCUCUGUACAGUAGAUGCGAUUAUGAUGCAGUUUGCCUCCUCACGCACACAAUAUCCACAGUCUGCGAUCCCGGCGGUUCGUGAUUGCGUUAGAUACCCUGCUGUGUUUUGCAUGGCUCUUUCUCUCGGUGUCGUGUCGUGGUGUAGUAGAGGUUAGAUCUGCAUGUGUGUGUUUAGUCACACGGAGCUGGUUGGUGUUGCAUGCUGCUGUACUAGAAUGGAGAACGCUGUAGAACCAAUGUCGCUUGUCACACAUCCCUCGCCUAAAUUGUCAAACAUGGUGCUGUUCGGUAGUUCAACUUAAUCCGCAUUCGAGUCAAGCUGUAAAUAAAGCUUUUUCCAAUCAAACACCCCUUUGUUGUAGAAUUGGCUAAGUGUUGCAUGGAUAAAACGGUGUUGUUUUGUAAGAAUCACUAGCAUUGUUUGCAUGGCAUGCAUGCUGUGCUGUUAGUCCAAUAGAUAGAUAGAUAGAUAGAUAGAUGUAUAGAUGGUAGAUAGAUUGAUAGAUAGAUAUAUAGAUAGAUAAAUAGAUAGAUAGAUAUAUAGAUAGAUGAUAGAUAGAUCAUAGUUAGUUGCUAUACUAAUUUGCCACUGACAUGAUUAGUAGAUUAAAACACUAAACUUGGCUAUUUUUUGCUAUUGCACAUUAGUGAACAGCAUAAAACAGCACACAUGUACACAAAGCCUCGGUAUGUCAGUGGUCUGCGGCAAACUGCAUAAUAACGCAUCUGCUUUUGUGUUCGUUUGCAUGUUUCAUGCUCAUAAUGCAUUUUGUGGGUUUAGACUAACAUAUCGCCCCUAAUGAAUGUGAAUUUUGUUUAAUCAGUGAGUGCACACAUUUUGACUUAUUCAUUGUUUUUGUUUAGUAUAGUUCUGAAACCAGAAAAAUAUAUAGAUAUAUAUUUACAGUACAUGGUCUUUUGUGUUUAACGCUUCAGGCUAACAUCACAGAUGCAUUGCUUAUGUAUAAUUCAUAGUAUCUAUAUGUGUUACAGACUACAAGGACAAAUGGAAAAUCAAAUCCUAACUUAUUUUACCAUGCUAGCUAGUGUAAAUACAACAAAACUGCAUAUCCUGCAUUGCAUAUGUGUUGGUAAUCCAUCCUUUGCACAAAUCAAACACUAACACUAACACAGUCUGUUUGUAAUUGUAUUUGUUUCUAGGAAUAACUACAUAUUUUUAGCAUCCUCCCACAUAAUACCCAGCACCUUUACACUAAAACCCAUUGUUAUGACUCGUGUAUGAACAUUUUAAAAAGGCAGGUCUUUUCAACCUAGGACAUGAUUUGAAUAGAGUAUCAUUUUGAGUGCUGUAGCGUGUGGGUGACGCAGGAACGGGAGAGUUACCAAAACAACUGUGCGACUUAGCAAGACACUUAACCUCCAGUUUGGCUACGUAACAUAAGCUUAGCUUAACACACUCUAUUUCAGCAUAUGAUGCAAACAACGAUAUGUCUGCAAGGCCAUGUCUACACAUACAAGUCUGCAGUGUGAACCGUCCAGUCUGUUAAGUUUUGUGGCCUUAUCUUCUUACAAAAGUGUGUUUUCACAAGGUUAUUUAUUAACUAAGUUAUUGGGUCACUGAGUUGCUUGUUUCGUUUUUAGUCGAUAUGGGAACAAAGGGGUUAAAAAAAAUCUCAAAUACAUAGUUUGCUUGAUUUCAGAGCAUUUAUUCUUUGCAUUAAAUAGUUUUUGUGCUUAUUGAGUAGUUAGGGUUGACUUAAGAUGGUUUAAAGUUUGAUUUUAUCUUCUUCGAUAUUAUAUUUUUAUUUAUGUAUUUAUUUUGGUGAGUGUUUUGGUGAAUGUGUUUUUACCUCUGUGUGCUUAUGCAUUUUCUUUGUUGAUUUUUUACUGUGUUGGGUAAAUCAUUUUGAUGGCUUAUACAGUGUCAGUGAACAUAAUCAAUGAAGGGGAAAACAAUUUCUCAUUGAAUAAUAAAUAAAUAAAUAGAACUUAGAAAUCAUGGAUGAAAUGUGUAAUUAUCUGUUACAGUAGAUUACAGAAAGAUUAUUGUUGAUUAUUAUGAUGUAGACACCAAAAUCUUUCUCUCCCUCUGAUCCCUGACUGUAACACUACACUCAAAUAAAAACGUGAAAAUUA